AACUCUAGUCGGAGGCUGCAGCACAGAGGCUGCUACUGCGGUGCCGCUGGCGUUUGCAGUGUGUUUUUGGAGCUACCAGUGAAGGACUUUGAUCUUUUUCUUGCUAUCUAUGGCUGCAAGUUAGCGAAGAGUCAGAUUUGUCUGCGGUUGUCCGGCUUACCAAAGGGUACACGAGUGCGUGUUUCAGGUGAGAAACCUGGAAAUGAGCCUGAAGAGGUGAAGCUGCAGAAUGCCAGCAAACAGAUUGUGCAGAAUGCCAUCCUGCAAGCUGUGCAGCAAGUCUCCCAGGAGAGUCAGCAGAGGGAAGAGAAAGGCAGUGGCAACCGGGGCAGCUUCCAGCUGGGUGUAGGGGAAUUAACCAAGAAGCAUGAAAAGAAGUAACGCAGUGGAUUCGGCUAUUGUCAUAUGCUUGGUUUCCAGCCUUCCUCUUAGUAUAGGAUGCGUCGCCAAAAUGUUGCCAGUAAAGCAAACCAAAGUGUCAUUGGCACCUAGCAGUAGAAUGAAGUCGCACUAGCCCUUGGCUGAGAAGCACUGUUGUGAAAAAGUGCAUUAGAUGAUUCUGUUUAUCUUAAUGCAGUGCCUCUGAAACAUAGUGGGGCCAAACAUGACACUGUAAUUGCAAAAGUAGUUUUGCAGCACCAUUUAUUUUUAAAGUUCUUUUUUAAAAAAUGAUCCUGUCUUGUUUAUUUACUUCUGCCUUUUAUGCAUUCUUUCUGUGAAUUUAACCAGCAGUCCUUUUUGCUGAAAUACUGAAUGCAGUACUGUGCUCUUUAUAAUAUUUUAAAAAUAUGUGCUGGAAAGGUGAAGGAAUGGAGUUUCACCACCUUCAAAUAUAGAAUUGGGGGCUUUUAUAAAGUAGGUCCGGGUCCAAGGUCAAAUUUAGCAAAGGCAAAUUCUAAGACCGAGUCCCUCAGGAUCUUCCCUGUAUUUAUAUUUAUUUAUUUAAGGCAUGUAUUUAUAUUACUUUUACGAGAGGAGGGGUUCAGGUUUUUAAGAACUCAGUCUGUUAGUCUCAAUUCUCUCAGUUGUUAAAUAGUUGGUGUUUCCUCCCUGUGCAGAAAUCCUUUGGAAAUAUUAUGGAUUUCUUUUUCCAUCUCAAGAUUAAAACAAGACAAGUGAAUCUAUAUGCACAAGUUGCCAAUGACUCAGGUCAUAGCAGCUCCGUGAAGAGCAACUAGAAUUGUAGAUUCCAUCCUGGAGAUUCACUAGGGUCUGAUUAUGGGAUGCAGUGUCCUUGGAAGGAGCUCUGGAGCCUUCUAAAUUUUAUGUUGCCAUCAGGCUAUGCAAUGCACUAGUACCAUGCUAACAGAAACUUUUCUUUUCCCAUCCAAAAAUUAGAAUUUUUUUUAGACUUUAAAAAUCAUAUAUAUCAGAAAGGAAUAACACUUAAAAUGGGAAAAUCACUAUCUCAACUCUUUGAAACAUGAAAAUACAGUAGGCACAAUAAAGUAACAGUGUUCUGAAUGCAGUCAUGGAAAUAUAUGUGUGCGUAUGAAUAAAGCCAUAUCUGUUGCAACAGUAUGACUUCUUCUCCGCUCCCAUGUGGAUAAUGUACAUCUUUCUGGGUCCUUAGAGUCCCACUUCACAAAAGUUAUUGCGUUGGUGCUACUGAGAACAGAGAAAGAAUUUGAACUUUUUUUGUUAAAAACCUUUUGGCUUCAGAAUAUCUAUGUCUAAAUGUGAUAGUUUUUUAAAAAGUAGAGUAUUGGCAUAUAAAGUGUGGCUGAUAUUAAGAUAUACUUCUAAAAUUCCAAUACGUUAUGCUUUACAGAAUGGAUACUAUUGAUAAAUGAAGAAAAACAGUUUCUUAUCAGCUCUUUUAGACUAUCUCAUACACGCACAGAUGGAAUAAAUUCAUAGGGAAAAUGGUGGCAGGAGGGAGCAGAUGGGUUAAAAUUUAAAUAUGGUUUAUUCAUAAAUUUUUUUUAGCAAACUCAUGAAAGUUGAAGAAUGAGUUUAAGUCAACCAGAAGUCAUAUAAUUGGUGUGAUAUAAUUGCACAGUGUAGACAGUUGGAAUGAAGGUAUUAAGGGAAAUUAUCCAGGAGUAUCCACAAAUAAAAAGAAUAAACCCAAAACUUGUAGUUUGCAAGUGAUCUGAUACUAUGUGUACUAAGAUGUCUGGAUAUAACCAGCCUUGGAUCUUGCUGUCAUAUGGCAGAAACACUUAAAUGUGCUGUCUUUCCUCUCUGAAGUGUCUGUGCUAAUACAAUGGGAGCCUUUGAGAACAUCUGAUUAACCUCUGUAUUUAAAUGUUAUUUAUAAAAAUAAAAGAUAUCCAGCUUUGAAAUAUG